UUAAUUAAAAAACUCAAUUUUUCGGUAAAAAGAACGCAAUAAUGUCCUACCAGCUGUACCGCAACACCACCCUGGGCAAUACGUUGCAGGAGAGUCUAGACGAGCUGAUCCAGUACGGCCAGAUCACGCCGGGACUGGCCUUCAAGGUGCUCCUCCAGUUCGACAAGAGCAUCAACAAUGCCCUAAACCAGCGCGUAAAGGCGCGCGUCACCUUCAAGGCGGGCAAGCUGAACACCUACCGUUUCUGUGACAAUGUCUGGACGCUGAUGCUGAACGAUGUGGAAUUUCGCGAGGUGCACGAAUUCGUCAAGGUGGACAAGGUGAAGAUUGUGGCCUGCGAUGGCAAGAGCGAGUUCUAGCACUGUCAUUGGCCAGAGAAUAUUUAUAUUUGUAAGAUUUAUAUUUGUUAAGAAUCCUUUACAUCCACCAUUGGUGAAGAGUUGACGACCAUGCAGACCUAUCAAGAGUCCCACCUCGACCCACAAAAGCAACACCAAGAAUUGUCAGAGGGCCUUGGUCGUCGAACUUUAAAAUAAAUAUCGUGAAACUGUUAA